AUGAGCGAGGGAAUUGAGCAGGUGCUGCGGGACCGCUUCUCGCUCGUUGCCGUCAAGGAGCUUGAGAAUAAGUUGCGACGGCACCAAUUUGUGUCGACGGAGGCGAUCGCGGAGGCCACGGCCAAGACGCUGCGUGCCGUCGUGAGCGCCACGAAAGUAUCGCAGCUGGACGAGCUGGUGGGCUUGAUUCGCACGGUCGGACACUAUCUGCAGGAGGCGCAGCCGUUUGAGCCUGUGAUCGGGAAUGUGACGCGGCGUAUUUUGUUCCUGCUGCGCGAGGAGGCCAAGGCCCUGACGAGUACGCUGGGCGCUGGCACGACUCGUCCGCCGCUGCAACCGCAUGCGUCGGUGGUACAAUCGCUUGCUGCGCUGUCGGUCUCUAUGCCCACUUCACCGGCUACAUCCAUGCAUGCGUCCAUGUCAGAUAUCAGCGUGCCAGCGACGCCAUCCCGGUCGUUCUCGAUUUCCGAUCUAGUCCUGCCCCCGAUGGACCAUGCGCUCGUGUCGUCUCCCUACGGUGUGCAGUCGCCGCUGCAGGAUGGCAACGACUCGCCGUCGCUGCGCAUGUCCGACUCCAUGUCGUCGGAUGACGAGCCGGCGCCGCAGCCGGCCGGUGCGACCGCGUCGCAUGCCUACCAACUCAAACCGCUGCUCAUCCAGGCGAUUCAGGAGCUGCUGGAUGAGUUUGAUUCGGUCGAUACCAGCAUUGCAAAGGACGCGCGCGACCACAUUCACUCGGGCGAAGUCAUUCUGACGCUCGGCUACUCGCCGACCGUCCAGACGUUUUUGCGCGCCGCCGCCAAGCACCGCAAGUUUAUCGCUGUCGUUCCUGAGUCAGCGCCUGCCUUUUCCGGGCAUGAGAUGGCGCGCGCCCUGGCGUCCGAUGGCCUGUCUGUGCUGCUUGUACCGGACUCGAACGUGUAUGCGCUCAUGCCGCGUGUCUCGAAAGUGAUUCUUGGCGCGCGCUGUGUGCUAGCCAAUGGCGGGAUCUUGGCUACGAUCGGAUCGAUGGCCAUUGCCAUGGCCGCGCGUGAGCAUAGCACGCCUGUCGUGGCGCUCGCGGGUGUCUUCAAAAUCUCGCCGGACUGGUCGUGGGUCGGCCCAGAGCGUCUGCGCACGGGCAACCAGGGUCCGACGUCCCAGCUCGUCAACUAUGCGUCGUCGCGGGUCCUCGCCGAGCGGGCUGAGAUCGAGAAUCCGUUGUGGGACAUCGUUUCACCCAGUGACUUGGACGUGAUCAUCACGAAUGUGGGCGAGCACCCGCCGUCGUACGUGUACCGUCUGAUCCAGGAAAACUACCAUGAGGAGGACCUCAAUUUGUAG